UAUCACAUUCUACACAUUCUGGGUUAACUUUAUGGUUGUCUAUGUAUACUACUUGCAUUACUUAAUUGUUCAUGCUGCUAUAUAAACAACUUUCAUCAUAAACUUUAGAGCUUUGUAUUGUUUUGCCACAGGAAGUCACACGGAUAUUCUCGGGAACGUUGACUGUAGUGACAAAGUGUGUUAACACAUUUGGACCAAAACCCACAAGCUCUCGAAGCCCCUUCAAUUUCUCUGAGCCACAUUUACAAUUUGACCACACAGACUUACUCAUUGAGAGGUGGCAUAUGCCCUUACACUACAGUGCACAAAGUACCAACCUCUGAGGACACCUGUGACUGCAGAACAACUUUUAGCACAGCAGAAGUUUUUUAUGUAUGUAGUCUACCAGUCUGUGUGGUUAUUUGUGCAGCUGCCACACCUCACCCCUUAUGUCUGGUUUCAGAAUACGGUAAAUGUUAUGCACCUCCUUCCACCCACAGAUAGAGUCCUUCAUCAUCUCACUCAGGAAGGUACUGUUGCUAUGAUGUGCAGGAAGACAGAGUGAGAACUUUUGAGCCCAUGAAAUGGACAUCUGGAACAAAGUGAUCAACUUGCUGUUUCUUAUAGCACUCAUGGCAACAGUGACGUCUGCUCUCAGCGCUGUGAUCACGGAACCACCCCAAAGGACAGUGGAAGCUCCUCUUGGUUCCUCUCUGAUCCUCAUCUGCAGUUUUGAGCCCCAGACUAGUGCCUGGGUGAGGUGGUAUUUCAACAUAAACCAAUCAUGCAGUGAUUCUAGUUCCAGUCAACUUUCCUCCCAUAAGAUAUCGAUCAACAAGACUGUGGAGCAGAACGAUGGAGGUCAUGUCCUUCAGGAGUCUGGGAGAGCUUGGUCCAGACUGACUGUGAGAGAUGUCCGGUACAAUGACAGUGGGUGGUACUUCUGCCAGGUUUUGGCAGAUAUCCCUUACCUUAGAAACAGUAACAGCAAUGAAACUCAAGUUAUUAUUACUGGCAAGACGACAGAAAGUACCCCUCCAUUGAUGACAGUAACUCGGUCUACCCACUCCAAUGAGGGUUUGCUUCUAGGCUGGAAGCUGUGGGUAGCAGUGGGAGCAGCAAGUGCCAUACUGGUUUCACUGCUAGUGGUCAUCUGGAUCUUACUACAACGAAGGAGAAGCAUAAUACAAAGAGAGAAUCCUAUCUAUACCAAUAUGCCUGCAAUAAAACAACCCUCUCCGCGUCCAGGACUACAGAUGGACAAACAGAAGAUUUCUCCCACUUUAAAAUAUAUCAGGACCCCAACUCCAGCCAGAACCCACGACAAUAAACACAUCAGGAUCCCAACUCCAGCCAGAAUCCAUGACAACAAACACAUCAGGAUCCCAAUUCCACGCAGGGCAAAUGACAACAAACACCUCACCGAGAUCUCAACUCCACCCAGGGCCCUUAACAACAAACCCCUCACCGAGACCCCGAAUCCACCUAGAGCCCAUGAUGGCAAACAUCUUCCAACUCCUGCCAGGGCACAUGACCUCAGGACCCCAACUCCAUCCAGGGCCCAUGACAGCAAAUAAAGCUUAAAACCUUGA